UUUCUAGGGUUAGGGUUCCACCAAAUUUUUUCAAUUAAUGUGGUGAUUGGGUGGUUAAUUGGGUUGUUACUUCCUUCUAGCUAGAGCUAAGUUAACUAGUUUGCUAAGUAAGUGGCUAAAAAUUCCUAUAAGCUACAUAUACAACAGGAAAUUGAGGAGUGGUAAUGGCUUGAGUGUUUGCUUGUUUAGGAGAUUUGGAAGUAAUAAUCAUGGCCAAUCCGAAAUUGGUGAUCUUUUUCGUAUUAAAAAGGAAAAUGAGGAUAUGCAUAGCUGUGGACUUUCCCAAGAAAUCAAUCAUGGUGGGUGACGUCAUUGCUUAAUGGCUGCUGCAAGGGGGUGCUUCCCCAGGAUGGGCGUGCAAGGGACCAUACGAUUGUAGUAGGGAUUCCAUUUAAGGUUUCAUUGGAGACGCUCUAAGAUUUGGAACUCCAAAACGACAUCGUAUCCUUGUUUGGAAACUCUUUGAAUCUUACCGGUUAAAACGGCUCCACUCCAACAAGGGGCUGAAUUUGGUGACUCAAUUCGGUGCAGCAAUCUAACUAGCUUUGGUAAGCUCUCUCUUCCCUACAAUUUUAGACUGCUGAUUCUAAUUCCAUUCAAAUUUAUCAGAAAUGGGUUUUAUUUAUCCUUAUCGUUUUUAUUUCUCAUAGUUCAAACUUGUGGGUUUAUGCUGGAUGGGUUUUUCUCAGGAAAAACCCAGCAGAUGGAAAAUGGGGUUGCAAGUUCAUGGGUUUUGUUUAUUGGGUAAAUUAUGUAAAUGGGUUGCUGUAUUUUUUUUAUUUAUUUAACGGGCAUCGGUUGAAAAUAUUUUAGCUCAAGUAUAAUUUUGUUGUGUUGAGCUGCACAGAUUAAGGGGAUUUCUGUUUUAUUUGAAACUGAUCAGAAACUAGACUUCGAAUCGGUACAAUUAUACAGCUACUUAAUGCUACUAAGCAAGCAUUUCAUAUGACAAGGAAGGUUUUUGGUAUAUAUAAGCGGUGUUUGCAAGUUUUAGGCAACGUUGGAGAAUUAGUGUUUCUGAACUGAUAGGUUUUUGAUUUCAUUAGUUACAUUUGAGAUGUCAGUUAUUAGUAUAUUAUUCAAAAAUGUCUAUAAAUAUAGGUUCAAUUGAUAUGCAGUGGAACUCCAAAUGUGCGUCUACCCUCAGUUCGGAUGUAGUACUUCAUUACGGGAUUUGGGUUUAGGUGGGAAUAUCGAUUCGCUUUACACAUAUGUAAAUGAAAUUUGGAAGUUUGUGGAAAGAGAAAUGUCCAGGUUUCGAGGAAUGUUGCAAGCUUCCCUAAAUGCAACCAAGAAAGCACUUACAUGGAAUGUUGAAGACCUGGUGCCUCCAACUGAGAGAUUUAUUUUCAAUUUCAAUUCGAAGGAUGAGCUCAAGAAGUGGCAUCUAUAUUCUGACUCUGAAUACGGAGGGUUGUCCUCAGCAUCUUUAGAAGUUCCAGAUAAUGAAAAUGGACCCACUGGAAUUUUCUUGGGUAACCUUUCGUUGGAUUUCAUUGAGGGUGCAAAGCUGAAGAUAAACAGGAGUGGCUUUUGUGGAAUGCGUUCCAAAAAGUUUGAUGGCUACAUUGAUUUGGACCGAUAUGAUACCAUAGCACUGAAAGUUAAAGGAGAUGGAAGAUGCUACAUUUCUACGAUCUACACAGAAAAUUGGGUAAAUUCACCUGGUCAAGAAGAAGAUAAUUCGUGGCAGGCUUUUGUUUUUGUACCGAAAGAUAACUGGUACAUAGCAAAGAUUCCUCUUGCUCUGUAUCUACCAACAUGGAGAGGAAAUGUUAUCGACGCAGAAAUGGAAAUGAACCCUUCUCGCGUUGUUGGCAUGUCUCUAUCAGUCAAUGCAGAAGGCGGUCUCCCAGGUGCUAGAACUGGAGCGGGUGAUUUCAAGCUCGAAAUUGAUUGGAUCAAGGCUUUACGAACGCAAUAACCUUGUAAAAUAUGUCGGAGUAACGAAGUUCGGUUGUAUCCAAGUUUUGUGUUGAUGGUAGCAAAGUAUUCAAAGGUUUGACAUACCCAGAAAAUGAAUGCUCCUGAAUCCUGAUGCUAUCUUGCUAUACACAAUUGAAAAUUUUUGCA